UGUGUGACAGCAGCCGCGCUCAUGUGGAGUGAUGGACGGACAGACGGGCAGAGCACAGCCGCUGAUGAAGCUUUGCAUCACUGCCAACUCAUCCAGAAGCUGGUGGACAUCUCUGUCUCCAGCCUGCGGGCUCUGCGGACCACAUGCGCCGCAUCUAACCACCUCACCCAGCAGGAGAUCCGCACUUUAGAGGUGAAGCUGAGCAAAUACAUGUGGACACAGCUGCAGUGGAAGAAGAGGGUGGCUGAGAGGGAGAGACCUGAAGCUCUAGCUGGAUACCCGAGACUGGAGGACUGGCUCCUAACAGCUAACCUCACACCACAAUUCAUACAGGCUGCAGCAGGGAAGCUCUCAGUGGACAAGUUGCUGCAGAUGUCCAGCUCUGAGCUGCAGGACACGAUGAGACGCUUGGGCUCCAACUCAGAGGAUCGAUCUCGCCUCCCGGCCGCCCUCUCCUGUCUGAAGAGUGCUACUGAAACAGGAGGUGACCUGAGGCCAAACACAGACUCCUGCAGCUCUGAAUCCCAAAGGGACAAUAAUACCUUCUCCACCAUCGGUCCCCUCACCCCCUUUCACCCCACCAGCCACGGCCGCUCCAUCUCCAUAUCAGUGGUCCCCUGUUCAGAUGGCCGCAGACCUUCCAUACCAGUUGAGGAAAUGACCGACGCCUUCUUACCGGAGCUGAGCACUCCGCCAGUCACCCGAGCCUCAAAGACAUGCACUGCCAAGCCCUCCCACACUCCUCCUCUGGCUUCCCGCAAGCUGCUGCAGCUCAUUCCCAACAUGUCAAUGACGAGAAGCAAGAGUCAAGAAUCACAACUGGCCAACCGCAUCGAGGAGCCUGCUACUAACAAGGUGUGUAAGAAGAACAAAGCACUGGCUAGUAUUCAGAUCAAUGGCUGUGGGAACAGUUCUGAGGACUCAACCCUGCGGUCACCCCUACUGUCUGCCCGGACCCCCGGCCCUGUCCCUACCUCUGCCACAUACAUGAUGCCUGGCACCCCCACCCUGCUGGACAACCAGGCUGUACACAGGAGUUCACCUCAGACAAUGAGGAGAGACAUCGGUCUGGCUAUUACACACAGGUUUUCAACCAAGUCCUGGCUCUCACAGACGUGCCAAGUGUGUCGCAAGAGCAUGAUGUUUGGUGUCAAGUGUAAACACUGCAAGUUAAAGUGCCACAAUAAAUGUACCAAAGAUGCUCCCUCGUGUCGGAUAUCAUUUCUCACAUUGCCAAGGAUGCGCAGGGCAGAAUCAGUGCCAUCAGAUAUCAAUAAUCGUAUUGAUCACUCAGCAGAGAUCCCAGUGCAGUUUGGCACUUUACCAAAGGCAAUAACCAAAAGGCAGGAACCUCCCCCCACUUUAAACCAGCUGGACUCCAGCAGUAACCCCUCAUCAGCCACCUCCUCCACACCUUCCUCCCCAGCACAUUUCCAGCAGAGCAACCCCCCGAGUGUCAGCGCCACCCCCCCACCCAACCAGUCACCACAGUCCCGGGACCACCGCUUCCACUUCCCAGAUGUUCCUGCUUCCACAUACAUUGCUGGUCAACCUUCUAGCAGCUACUAUGAGUCUGGAGUGUCACAGGCGGCUGUCACUGAGACGCAGCUAACAGCAGCAGAACAAAGACGUGACGAGGAGGCGGAGGAAGACUACCCAGCUGAGGAAGCAGCUGACCGGCGUAGCACAGAAAAGACUUUCUCCAAUGAGGAAUGUGACGAGGACGGGCUGGAGGACCUGCCCUCUUCUCCUAUAUGCCGUCGUUCAGAUGCUGUCCGCUGGAGGGGUCCCAUCACUCGCAUGGUCAGCCAGACCAGUGUCUACCUGCAGGAGUGGGACAUCCCAUAUGAGCAGCUGCAGCUGGGAGAGCUUAUCGGCAAGGGUCGCUGGGGGAAAGUGCACAAGGGUCGCUGGCACGGUGAGGUGGCCAUUCGCCUUCUGGAGAUAGACGGCAACAACCAGGAUCACCUGAAGCUCUUCAAGAAGGAGGUGAUGAACUACAGGCAGACCAGGCAUGAGAACGUUGUCCUAUUCAUGGGCGCCUGCAUGGCCCCGCCUCACCUCGCCAUCAUCACAAGUUUCUGUAAAGGUGUGACUUUAUACUCUGUUGUAAGAGAAAGAAGUCACCUGUUAGACAUCAAUAAAACCCGACAGAUUGCACAGGAGAUUGUAAAGGGAAUGGGUUAUCUUCAUGCGAAGGGCAUCAUUCACAAAGAUCUGAAGUCUAAGAAUGUGUUCUGUGAUACAAACAAAGUGGUCAUCACAGACUUUGGCCUGUUCGGGAUGUCUGGGGUGGUACAAGAAGGCAGAAGAAAGAACGUGUUGCGGAUACCUCAAGGCUGGAUCUACUACCUGUCUCCAGAGAUUGUUCGGAAGAUGAGCCCAGAGGUUGAUGAGGACCAGCUGCCUUUCUCUGAAGCUGCUGACGUUUACGCUUUUGGCACGAUCUGGUAUGAGCUGCAGGUCAGACACUGGCCAAUUAUCAACCAGCCUGUGGAAGCUGAGAUCUGGCUAAUAGGCAGCAAUGAGGGCAUCAAGCAGGUGCUGGCAGACGCCAACCUGGGCAAAGAAGUCACGGAGAUCCUUUCUGCUUGCUGGUCAUCCGAAGCAGACGGCAGGCCGACCUUCACCCAGCUGGCAGACAUGCUGGAGAAGCUCCCGAAACUGAACCGCAGACUGUCUCACCCCGGACACUUCUGGAAGACACCAGAGCCCUGGGAUCAUCAUCACUGCCUGAGAGAUCACUGUCAUCAGGGCCUGCAUGCUCACUGUCCAUACAUGUACAAAUACAGCAGCUGAUGGGAAAUGUGCUCUUAGAAACUGCUUUGUAUUUUGGAAUUUGAAUGUGAUGCUUUACCUUAGAUAAAAUCUACAAUUUACAAUAGCUGAAUUGUCAUUGCUCCAUUUAUGAGUUUUAUUCAUAUUUAGAGCAGAAUAUACAGCCUGUUUUCACCUUGGUCUAUAUGUGGAUAUGCUCUCAUGAUAUUGCCAUCUGAUCACAGGGUUAUGCACCAGGUAUUAAUAAGUGUCCUUAUCUUAUCUAUAAGUUCUUUCUUUUUCUUUGUAUUGUGAACAAAUUGCAAUAUGCAAGUAAGAUAGAGUUUGUUCAGAUCAUGGAAAGUGAUGUGGAUACUCUGUAGAGACCACUAAGACAUGCAAGGGGAGGGUUAUUUGACAGAGGGACACAGUCAUGGGCUGUUGCCCCUGAUUGGUCAAGCAGACAACAUAGUAAGUUUCACUUCUGUGUGUUCUGUGUGCACAUUAGCAAAUAUUUUAUACUCAAAUUGAAACUGAAGUCUUUUAAUAUUAUAAUGAUGUACGUCCAAACAUGGCGAUUUUUCAAUCACAUACUUAAAUUCAGCAACGAAGCAAGGUAGAACAGUACGAGCCUGUGCCGUAACAUUUCUCAAAGACUCAGGGUUGUGAAGUCCCACUCUUGGAAAAACACUAAUAGAAAAAACAUAAAGGGUGCUGAACACAUCGGUAAUGUAAUUUCAUUCAAAAGGUUUAAUUACCUUCAGUGGAGAAGUUUGCUAACACUGUGCUACCUUACUUAGUCCUGAUGGUCAUGUGACCCUAAUCUUGCAUGUUGUAGAAGUCCCCUGAGUGUAAUGCUGUAGCCAUGCAGUGAUGAGUUCUGCUUAUUUUUCCUUUGCAGCUUUUUGAUAGGCAGCUUGAGAUGUAUUCUGUGUGCAUUCAGAUCCUGAGUGUUUCUUACUCAGACCACAUGUUAAUAUCUGGGCUGGUCCUCUUUGCAACAGAGUGCUGGUACUGUUGACAUCUGUCUGCCGUCAGAGUGUAAGUCAGCCAAUUUAUCUUGAAGAUAAUAUAAAGUUUUUUGUUGUUUUUAUAAAGUCCAAAUUCUAGUUUAUUUAAUGGGGCCGUGACCAUAGUUAAACCCAGUUCUGCCAAAGCAGGUUGGAAGCAUAAUGAUGCAGAAUGUAAGGGAAGGAGGAAUCAAAGGGUCGGAACUGUUAAUGUGCAUAAAUGAGAACUGUAUAAUACAUCAGUCCAUCAAUCAGAACACAGUCAAGCACUGACUCUAACAAAAUGAUAAUAAUACCUCACAUUCUGGUGAGGUGUCAGUCAAAGUCCAGUCAGCAGGUGAGACAAUGACAUUACAUCACAAUGGAUUUAUCUUUGAAUCCAGUCUCAGUUUGUCAAUCAGGCUGGUUAGCAGGUUUCUCUUAUGAACUACUUCCCUCUACUCUCUAACCACUGGCUUUUCAAAGCUUCUCAAUGAAUGUAAAGCUUUGACUGCAUAUCAGUGGACAGAAUGCUUUAUCACUGUGGAGUUCAUCGUCAUAGCUGGAAGGCUGCUGGUCUCAGCUGUUACAAGGCUACGGCUCCUCCUAAUUAUUAGAGAAGUGAAACAUUUAUUCCACAGUUGACAAAGAUAGCACCAACAUAGAGUUUACAUUUAAAGGGUCGGUUCGCUCAAAUUGUAAAAAUGCAUUAUAUAUUUAUUUAGCUUUAGUGAUCUAUCCACACAGAUUUCUUUUAGAUGUUUGUCUAUGAGGUUUCUUUAAAAAAAAAAUCUAAAAAUACCUCUUUUCAGAAACAGUGGCAGUCCUGGUUACUCUGGAUAAUCUACAGAACACACUAUGUGGACAGAUUUUUAUCAUAACUACUUUCUCACAGAGAGAUAGUUUCAAUAAAACCUGUUGGCAGGAGAGUGUGUGUGUGAUCCAGAGUAAACACUGACACUGUUUCUGGAAGUUUCUGUUCAAUUUGUAUCCACACUAACAGCGUGGCUCUACAGCUGGCAAUGUGUGGUCAUUUGUCCCACCACUUUGGUCCAUACUAAAGUAUCUCACCAACUAUUGUAUGGACUUCCAUGAAAACUGCUUCACACAGGGUGGAGGCAGAAAUCUAAGAGUAAUAUCUCAAAGCCGUGUUUGCAUGUAGAUACCACCAGAGGUUAUACACAAAUAUGUAUUAUUGUAAUUUGAAUGAACUGAUCCUUUAGUCAAAAAGUGUAUCUCCCCAAAAUAUGACAAACAAUACUUAAGUGUAUUUUAAACGUCCUGGUAUAAAUAAGAUACUCCACAUCAAUCCAUGCAAUUCUUAAAGUUAAUCUGCAUGUCAUGUGACCUCCUUUGGACUCCUAACCACCAUGUUGACAUACUUUGCCUCGUACUGCAAUAGUACCUGACACAAUGCAGCAAACAGCGCUGUCACGUGCCUGUUUCAGCUGAAAUAAUCAAUCACAUGUAAAAAACCACUGAGUGGAUACCUCCACACACUGAUGACAUAUUGAAAAAAAAUAUCUUUUUGAACAAUAAUGGUUUCAUUAAAGUAUAAAGAAACAUGUGCUAUAGCCACAGAUGUGUGUCUUUUCUCUGUGCCUUCUUGCACAAUGUCUUUGAACAGGAUGUGGCUACUGUAUGUGUGUGUGUUGUGUUUCCUCAGGCAGGAGUACAAUGUAUGUUCACUGAAUGUGUCUGAAUGUAAUGGGCUUCACCAGCACAGUGGAACCCAAUGAAACAUUAUAGUGACCUAAUGCAUGUAUGUAUAUACAGUGCUGUUGGUUGUAUUUAAUAUACAGUUAAUUUUUAGAGCAUUUUAAUAGGUACUUCUUUAAUAAGAGUUAUAUAGAGAUUUUAGACACUGUAGACUGUCAUUGGUGGAUUGGUGUUUUUUUUUUCUUGUUUCUUUUUUUUGGGGGAGGGGAGGGGUGUUCAUUUGUAGAAUAUUUUUGUACAUGAUGUGGUGACUCUGUAAGUUUCUGGUCUGAACAA